AUGACCCGAUACAAGGGAACUCCCCUCUACGGCGGGGCCCUAGUCGCAGACCUUCCUGAGAAGUUCGCCGACGUCAGCAAACUCCGGGAGGUCCCCGACAACCAGGAGGUCUGGAUCGACUCGGACGGCUUCACUAGCAUCAUCUUUGACAUAACAGAGCGCGUCGGCCCCGCAGGGAGCAGCCCCGAGAUCGACGGCCGCGCCAUGACGACGCACCUCGAGGAGCUCGUUGGCGAAGACAUUGACACCGUAAAAGUGUGGAACACGACCGAGACAUCCUUUUCAAGGCUCAGCCCCGACUUCCCCGCCUAUACCCUCAUCGCGACUCAGACACCCCACACCAAGCCUGGCUCCAAAUCCGGCUCGUCAGCUCCCGACUUCACGGCCAUCAUCCUGACGCUACUCCGCCUCGAGAAAGAGUCGACCGACAUCCUCGUUACCAUCAACGUGCCGCACAUCAAAGGCGAGUACGAUGAGGCCGACGUUGACCUCGAGCUCGGGAAGCAGGGCAAGCUCAUCGGCGACGCCGUCGAGUAUGCUGCCCGCAUCUGGGAGACGUUCAAGGUCAAGGACUGGACGCUGUUCCAGGAGGUUUGA